CAAGUCAUAAAGUCACAGGGUCAGGGGAAAGUCUUUGUUUGAUAGAGACUCCUAGACCUGACUCUGAUCUGACUUGCUGGGGGUCCUUGAAUAAAUCCCUUCCUUCUUUGAUCUCAGUUUCCCCAGUUGAAAAAUACAAUGUUGGGUAAAUAGUCUAAGGUUCUUGGGACUUUUAACUAUGGAGCCCAAUGCUGGUCCUCAAGAUGGGGAAGGGUCCCUCAGGUUAGCUGAAUGACUCGGAGGCAGGACAGGUCACAGGUGAGUAAGCUGAGCUCAUCAGGCACGUUUAUAGCUGAAUCAUGAACCCCCACAGCUACGCAGCAAUCCUAGACUCUGAAGACCCCGAGGGAACCAGCUUCCUGGGGCUACAGAGAUGCAGAAUCCAGCCUCCCAUAGUAUUGCAAGGUCGAAGCCUGGGAACUGCAGAUUCUGACCACAGAGUUGCCUCAGACAUGCCAGAUGGUUCUGGGAAAGUCAUUCCCUUUACUAUGAAAUGAGGGGUUAGCUGAAAUAGGUGUACUAAAGAAAGACUCUGGGAGGGACCUACGUGUAGGCUGGAGAUACAGAGUGCCUUUCCUGACCCAGUAUUCCAGCAGCUGGCCUCUGGGAAAGGGGAUCCCAGCUUUGAGAAGCAAUGUUAAGAAUCUAGGCCAGGCAUCUACAGGACCCCUGUCAGGUGAACCCAGGGUAGUCUGGGGGAGGGACAGCAGGCAGCAGGUGCGCUGGGAGCAUCUUUCACAAGGCACUAAAUAUUGCAUCUGCUCCAGAUAGGCAGCGAAUUGGAAAGUGCAUGGAGUAGGCAGGGUGGCAGCUGCUUCUCAUGACCAUGUGUCCAGCCCAGCACUCACCCAGGAGAACCACCUCAGACCUGCUUGACUGGGGUGAUCCAUGCUCUGGGACCCCUGGCCCCGUCCAAAGAGGAAGGGAUUUGGUAAGACUUAGUGAAUGGCUGGUGGGGGGGGAGGAGGAAAUCACACCCCUGGCCUGGUGAGCCAGGCAGCCCCUCGCCAGCAUCGCCACCCCCAUCCCUAUUCCUUUAUCCCCCACCCCCUACUCUGUCUGCUCUCCUGCCACAACGCUGUUUCCUCUGGCCACUCUCUUCUCUUUUCCUGCUCCUGGGUAAUCCUGUCCACACUUCCUUGACCUUCUUCUGAGUCUGCCUCUUUCCAACUGCCCCCUCCACCAUACUUGACACAUCCUCCCUGAGGACAACUAGUACAAGCUCAAGUCCUUGAACUCACAUUCAUUCCCAGAUGCAUGAGGGAGAUGAAACAAAGAUUGAAAUACCACUUGGCAAGAGAUCUGAGGUGUGAUCUGGGGGUAGACCUGGGGACUUGCUGGGGAGUGGGGUAAUGGCUAGCUCUGACUCCCUGCAGGAAGCUACACUAGCAUUGAGAGCUGGAUGUGGCUCUGAGCUAAGGCCUCUCCUUUCAGCUUGAUGCCAGGAGCCACCUGCCAACUGGAACACUUCAUUUGGUGUCUCAAAGGGACUUUGUGCUCUGUAGAUCUAAGUCUGAAUCCAGGCUAUCCCUCUUCUUUUCUUCUUAGGGGAAACACUACUGUGCACCCAGUUCUGUGUGCAAACCCAUAUUUGAGUCAUAAUGCUCCUCCCUUGUACUUUGUGCUGAGAGCAGGAACCAUAUCUGUUUUGGGUAUUUUUGUUUUGAUUUUGUGGUAAGAUGUGAAACUCAGGGCUUCACACAUUCUAGGUGAGCACUCUACGACUGAGCUACAUCUCUAGUCCUUUUAAUUUUAUUUUGAGACAGGGUCUCACUAAGUCACCAAGGUUGGCCUCAAACUUGCAAUUCUCCUGCCUAGCCUCCCAAGUCUGUUUAUAGGUUUUGUUUGCCAUUAUCCCCAGCACAUAGCACAGUAGCACAGGGCCUGGCACAGGCUAGACACCUGGAUAGCUGGUGGGCUUGAGGCAAUCCUGUCAGAAGAAAUAAUUAUGCUCAAAAAACAAGGAGAGAGUCAGUGAAGACCACAAGGGGGAAAGCAAGCUGUAGGUAUGGCCAGAGUAUAGAGUGUCUAGCAUCAAGGUGAACAGGCAAGAGGAUAUGAGGUUGAGAAAGAUAAGUCAGUGCUAGGAGCAGAAGGCUUUGAAUGCCAAGUUGAAACAUUUGGGUCUUAACUCUGCCUUCAGUUAUGAGAGGUUGUGGGUAAGGAAGAACCCUGAGCCAGUGUGCAAUCUGAAGAUCACCCUGGUACUACAGGACACAUGGAUGGCAGAGGCAGGUGGGACCAGCAAGGAGGCUACUGGAAGAGUUCAGAGCAGGGGAGGGGACUGUCGCAUGGCCAAUGCUGAGGAGAAGCUGAUGGAUGACCUUCUGAACAAAACCCGCUACAACAACCUGAUCCGGCCAGCCACCAGUUCCUCGCAGCUCAUCUCCAUCCAGCUGCAGCUCUCCCUGGCCCAGCUCAUCAGCGUGAAUGAGCGAGAACAGAUCAUGACCACCAACGUCUGGCUGAAACAGGAGUGGACUGAUUACCGCCUGGCCUGGAACAGCUCCCGCUACGAGGGUGUGAAUAUCCUGAGGAUCCCUGCAAAGCGCAUCUGGUUGCCUGACAUUGUGCUGUACAACAAUGCUGAUGGGACCUAUGAGGUGUCUGUCUACACCAACGUGGUGGUCCGCUCCAAUGGCAGCAUUCUGUGGCUGCCCCCUGCCAUCUACAAGAGUGCCUGCAAGAUCGAGGUGAAGCAUUUUCCCUUCGACCAGCAGAACUGCACCCUCAAGUUUCGCUCGUGGACCUACGACCACACGGAAAUCGACAUGGUCCUUAAGUCACCCACGGCCAGUAUAGAUGACUUUACUCCCAGUGGUGAGUGGGACAUAGUGGCCCUCCCAGGGCGAAGGACAGUGAACCCACAGGACCCCAGCUAUGUGGACGUGACCUAUGACUUCAUCAUCAAGCGAAAGCCGCUUUUCUACACCAUCAACCUCAUCAUCCCCUGCGUGCUUAUCACGUCACUGGCCAUCCUGGUCUUCUACCUGCCGUCUGACUGUGGGGAGAAGAUGACACUGUGCAUCUCUGUACUCCUGGCGCUCACCUUCUUCCUGCUGCUCAUCUCCAAGAUUGUGCCACCCACCUCCCUUGAUGUGCCACUCAUCGGCAAGUACCUCAUGUUCACCAUGGUGCUGGUCACCUUCUCCAUUGUCACUACCGUGUGUGUGCUCAAUGUGCACCACCGCUCACCCAGCACCCACACCAUGGCGCCCUGGGUCAAGCGCUGUUUCCUGCACAAGCUGCCUACCUUCCUCUUCAUGAAGAGACUUGGCCUUGACAGCAGCCCGGCCAAGGCCCCCCUGCCCACCCAGUUGUACCUGACUAAGACUGAGGCCACUGCCACCUCUGCUGUGGGCCCUGCCAGUCCCUCUAACCUCUACGGGAACUCCAUGUACUUUAUGAACCCUGCCCCUGCGGCGCCCAAGUCUCCAGCUGGCUCCCACUCAGCAGGCAUCCCCAGAGAUUUCAGGCAGAGGUCCUCUGGGAGGUUCCGGCAGGAUGUGCAGGAGGCUUUGGAGGGUGUCAGCUUCAUUGCCCAGCACAUGAAGAGUGACGAUGAAGACCAGAGUGUCAUUGAGGACUGGAAAUAUGUGGCCAUGGUGGUCGACCGGCUGUUCCUGUGGGUAUUCGUGUUUGUAUGCGUCCUGGGCACUGUGGGGCUCUUCCUCCCUCCCCUCUUCCUGACCCACCCACCUUCUGAGGUGCCCUAGACUGCCCAACAUGUCCAAGAGCACCCUGGGCUGUGGGGUGAGAUGAUGUGAGCAGCCAGAUGGACAGUUCACUGCUUCCUUCUGGGUCACAGCUGAUGAGGCCCUAAAUAAACAUCUGACCAUCAGCUAACAAUCCAUCAAAGCAGCCACAGCUGCCAGAGGGCAAGGAUGGGGUCCUGCGCUGUCCCUUCUGAAUGCCUCCGAGGAAGCCCAACAGGAGGGGGCUUCAGACAGUUUAAUUCCAGCCUAUCUUCCUUCCCUGCACCAGGUAUACUAACAGCACCUACUAUGUGCCAGGCAUCUCGCCCACAUCCCAGCCUAUCUCUCCACCCCCAGCUGUCUCCAUCCUCUCUUGACCUCUAGGCUCACUAGCCUUCUUUCAGUCUCCCACAUGCUUCUAGAUCCUUCCCAGCUCAGAGCCUUUGCAUCUACUGAACCUUCUUCCCCACCCCUGUGCUUCCCAAGCUCUUCCCAUGGUGUCAUCAAUCAGGGCUCUGCUACCAUGAUCCUCUGCUCCGAUAUCAUCUAAAGACUGUUCCCAUUUCAAAGCACCCUCCCCAGUGACCACGUUACCCUAUCGCCAUCCUCGAGCCCCCCCAGUACGUGCAGUUAUUUGGCAGCACGUUUACCGUCCACAUCUCACCACCAGUGUGGGCUCCAUGAGAGCAGGGUUUGCUCCAGGUCUGAGACUGAGCUUGGCACACAGCAGGUGUGAAAUAAAUGUUUGUUGAAUGAA